UACACACGGCUGCCGAGGCAGCUCUGCCGGAGGAUUACCCCGCGCUCUCCGCCAGCAUCUCUCUGCCUGGAUGAGCGGAACCCUCUCCCGGUGCUCGCUAUGGCUUUAAUAGUUCACCUGAAGACCGUGACCGACCUGCGGGGAAAGGGGGACAGGAUCGCCAAAGUAACGUUCAGAGGUCUGUCGUUUUACACCCGGGUGCUGGAGAAUUGCGAGGAUGAGGCCAGGUUCGACGAGACUUUCCGUUGGCCGAUCGCCAGUAACAUUGAUGGGAAUGAGAUGCUGGAGAUCCAGGUGUUCAACUACAGCAAAGUGUUCUCUAACAGGCUGAUUGGGACGUUCCUCAUGGUUCUGCAGAAAGUGGUGGAAGAGGCGCAGCUGGAGGUGACGGACACCCUGAUCGAUGACAACAACUCCGCCAUACGCACCAGCGUUUCCAUCGGGAUCCGAUACCAGACUAUGGACCGCUCUGUGGGCGCCUGGAACGACGGCGAAUUCCUGGACAACCCCAACAUGCCUUCUGCUGCCGACGGCAACUUCCAGUUCGAGACGGAGAGCCUGCUGUCUGGCCACAGCUCAGCCGUGUCCCCCGGAAAAUCGCACUUCAAACGAGUCAGUAAAGGAGUGUUUUCUGCGAUGAAGCUCGGCAAAAUGCGUCCGCCAAAAGACGACGGCAGAAAGCAAGAUGAACCUGCCGUCCUGGAAACAGAAGACCUGGACCGGAAAGCCAUGCGCUUGGGUGGGGGUCUGGACCCGGACACUAUUUCUCUCGCCUCGGUCACUGCCGUCACAACCAAUGUAUCCAAUAAGAGGUCUAAACCCGACAUUAAAAUGGAACCGAGUGCUGGGCGGCCAAUGGAUUACCAAGUGAGCAUUACCGUCAUCGAGGCGCGGCAGCUGGUGGGAUUAAACAUGGACCCCGUGGUUUGUGUUGAAGUUGGAGAUGAGAAAAAAUACACGUCGAUGAAGGAAUCGACCAACUGCCCCUACUACAACGAGUAUUUUGUGUUCGACUUCCACGUUCCUCCAGAUGUGAUGUUUGACAAAAUAAUCAAGCUGUCGGUGAUCCAUUCCAAGAACCUUCUACGCAGCGGGACACUGGUGGGGUCAUUUAAGAUGGAUGUUGGCACUGUCUACACUCAGCCAGAACACCAGUUUUACCACAAAUGGGCCAUCCUCUCGGACCCGGACGAUAUCACCGCCGGGGUAAAAGGUUACCUCAAGUGUGACGUCGCUGUAGUUGGAAAGGGAGACAACAUCAAGACCCCCCAUAAAGCUAAUGAAACAGACGAGGAUGACAUCGAAGGGAACUUGCUCCUUCCGGACGGCGUGCCCCCGGAGCGCCAAUGGGCUCGAUUCUACAUCAAGAUCUUCCGAGCUGAAGGUUUGCCAAGGAUGAACACAAGCAUCAUGGCCAACGUCAAGAAGGCUCUCAUCGGCGAGAACAAAGACUUGGUGGAUCCGUAUGUACAGGUUUCCUUUGCAGGGCAAAAGGGCAAGACGUCGGUGCAGAAGAGCAGCUACGAGCCCAUGUGGAACGAGCAGAUCAUCUUCACCGAAAUGUUCCCACCGCUCUGUAAGAGGAUGAAGGUACAGAUCCGAGACUCUGACAAGGUGAACGACGUGGCCAUCGGGACUCAUUUCAUUGACCUUCGCAAAAUUUCCAACGAAGGAGACAAAGGGUUCCUUCCUACCUUUGGGCCAGCGUGGGUAAACAUGUAUGGCUCGACACGCAACUACACGCUCAUGGAUGAACACCAAGAUCUGAACGAAGGGCUGGGGGAAGGGGUUUCGUUCCGUGCUCGGUUGCUGCUGAGUCUUGCCGUGGAAAUUUUAGACACAAGUUCUCCAGACCUUACCAGUUCCACAGAAGUUCAAGUAGAAGGAGCUCCACCAGUGGCUGACAAUUGCACAGGAAAGAUGGAAGAAUUCUUCCUCUUUGGAGCCUUCCUGGAAGCCACCAUGAUUGACCGCAGGAGUGGAGACAAACCAAUCAACUUUGAGGUCACCAUAGGUAACUACGGUAACCAAAUCGACGGAACGACAAAGCCCAGUAGGCGGAGGAAGAAAGAUGGCGGGGACGGUGUGGAGGAGGACUCGGAACUCUUACAGAACUCAAGCGAAGACGAAGGGGAUGAGGACGGAGAAAUGCUUUCUGUCUCGUCGACGCCAACAAUGAAACCUUUCAUCACCGACAGGAACUACUUCCACUUGCCCUACUUUGAUCGGAAGCCGUGUAUCUACAUUAAAAGCUGGUGGCAAGACCAACGAAGAAGACUUUACAAUGCCAACAUCAUGGACAAAAUCGCAGACAAACUGGAGGAAGGGUUAAAUGACGUUCAUGAAAUGAUAAAAACAGAGAAGCCGUACCCCGAAAGACGACUCCGCGGGGUUCUGGAGGAACUCAGCAGCAGCUGUUUCCGAUUUGUCACCCUGGCCAAUAAGGACCAGAACCAGAACAGCAGAACCAAGCUGGACAGAGAGAGGCUGAAGUCCUGCAUGCGAGAACUGGAGAACAUGGGAACCCAAGCAAAGACCCUGCGAUCGCAGGUGAAGAAGAACACGGUGAAGGACAAGCUCAAACUGGUUCAGAAUUUCCUGCAGAAAUUGCGUUUCUUGGCCGACGAGCCCCAGCACAGCAUCCCCGACAUCUUCAUAUGGAUGAUGAGUAAUAACAAGCGGAUCGCGUACGCUCGCAUCCCAUCCAAAGACAUCCUCUACUCCAUCGUGGAGGAGGAGACCGGAAAAGACUGCGGAAAAGUAAAGUGUGUCUUCCUCAAGUUGCCAGGUAAAAGGGGUUUUGGCCCCGCCGGCUGGACCGUCCAAGCCAAGAUGGAGGUGUACCUGUGGCUCGGGCUGAACAAGCAGCGGAAAGACUUCCUUUGCGGCCUCCCGUGCGGCUUUGAAGAGAAUAAAGCGGUGAAGGGUCCCGGACUGCAGUCCUUCCCACCCAUCAGCCUCAGCUACACCAAGAAGCAGGUGUUCCAGCUGCGCGCUCACAUGUAUCAGGCGCGGAGUCUGUUUGCGGCAGACAGCAGCGGACUCUCUGAUCCAUUUGCCCGCGUCUUCUUCAACACGCAGAGCCAGUGCACAGAGGUGCUGAACGAGACGCUCUGCCCCACGUGGGACCAGCUGCUGGUGUUCGAUAACGUGGAGCUGUACGGGGACGCCGGCGAGAUGCGGGAUGACCCGCCGAUAAUCGUCAUCGAAGUCUACGACCAAGACACAGUAGGGAAAGCCGAUUUCAUGGGCAGAACUUUCGCCAAGCCGGUGGUGAAGAUGGCCGACGAAGGGUAUUGCUCGCCGCGUUUCCCACCCCAGCUGGAGUAUUACCAGAUAUAUCGGGGCAACUCCACUGCCGGUGAUCUACUGGCAGCCUUCGAGCUCCUGCAGAUUGGUGCAUCGGGUAAAUCAGACCUCCCGCCAAUCGAUGGACCAACGGACAUGGAGAGAGGGCCGAUCCUUCCAGUACCUCUUGGCAUCCGACCCGUCCUGAGCAAGUACCGGGUUGAGAUCCUGUUCUGGGGCCUGAGAGACCUGAAGAGAGUCAACCUCGCGCAGGUAGACAGGCCAAGAGUGGACAUCGAAUGCGCAGGGAAGGGGGUCCAGUCUGCGCUGAUCCAGAAUUACAAGAAAAACCCAAAUUUCAGCACUUUAGUCAAAUGGUUUGAGGUGGACCUGCCUGAGAACGAGCUCCUCCACCCUCCCCUGAAUAUCCGCGUGGUGGACUGCAGAGCCUUUGGCAGAUACACCCUCGUUGGCUCGCACGCCGUGAGCUCCCUGCGGAAAUUUAUUUACCGCCCUCCCGAUAAGAAGUCCCAGCACUGGAAUACGGCAGCGAGAUUGAUGAACGGAUUUAUGGCACUGGCCAAUGGCGGGCCCUACUCUCGCCCCACAGGUGAAAUAGUCGUCAACAUGGAACCAGAAGUGCCCAUCAAGAAAAUGGAGACCAUGGUGAAGCUGGAAGCGAAUUCCGAUGCCGUGGUUAAAGUCGACGUGAAUGAAGACGAGAAGGAAAAAAAGAAGAAGAAAAAGAAAGGAGAGGAAAUAGAGGAGGAGGAACCAGAUGAAAGCAUGCUGGACUGGUGGUCAAAGUACUUCGCAUCCAUCGAAACUUUGAAAGAGCAACUGCGCCAACAAGAGGCGGCUGCCGCGGAGGCCGAGGAGAAAGAAGAGAUGGAGAUAGCUGAGGAGAUCAAAAUUGAUGAAUCUUCCAUGAAAGGCUCCAAGGCGCAGGCGAAGACCAAGGAUAAAGCCAAAGCUCCCAAGGAGGACAAGAAGAAGAAGCUGCUGGCCGAGCAGGCAGAGAAGAAAAACAAGCAGAAAAUCGACGAGUUAAAGGUGUUCAAUAAGGAGUUAGAGACGGAGUUUGACAACUUUGAGGACUGGCUGCACACGUUUAACCUGUUACGAGGGAAGACGGGAGACGACGACGACACCGUGAGCGAGGAGGAGCGCAUAGUGGGAAGGUUUAAAGGCUCAAUGUGUGUUUACAAAGUGCCGUUACCCGAAGACGUUACCAGGGAAGCCGGCUAUGACCCAAACUUUGGAAUGUUCCAGGGUAUUCCCAGUAACGACCCAAUUAACGUCCUGGUUAGAGUGUACGUUGUAAGGGCCACAGACCUUCACCCGGCUGAUAUCAACGGAAAAGCCGAUCCGUACGUCGUCAUCAAACUGGGAAAAACCGAGAUCAAAGACAAAGAGAACUACAUUUCCAAGCAGCUGAACCCCGUCUUCGGAAAGUCGUUCGAUAUCGAGGCCACCUUCCCAAUGGAAUCCAUGCUGACCGUGGCCGUUUACGACUGGGACUUGGUUGGGACCGACGACUUGAUCGGGGAGACCAAGAUAGACCUGGAAAACCGCUACUACAGCAAACACAGGGCCACGUGCGGCAUAUCGCAGACCUACGCCAUCCACGGGUACAACAUGUGGAGGGACCCAAUGAAGCCAACGCAGAUAUUAUCCAAGCUCAGCAAAGAGGGGAAGAUCGACGGACCUCAUUAUGGGCCUGGAGGGAGGGUGAAGGUGACAAAUCGCGUCUUCACGGGUCCCACGGAAAUCGAAGAUGAGAAUGGUCAGAAGAAGCAGACGGAUGAACAUCUGGCCCUCUCGGUUCUUCAGCAUUGGGAAGAGAUUCCCAGAGUGGGGUGUAGACUGGUUCCGGAGCAUGUAGAAACCCGACCUUUAUUAAAUCCUGAUAAACCUGGCAUUGAGCAGGGUCGUUUAGAAAUGUGGGUGGACAUGUUUCCCAUGGAUAUGCCAGCUCCUGGUCCGGCCAUUGAUAUCUCACCAAGAAAGCCAAAAAGUUUUGAGCUGCGUGUUAUUAUUUGGAAUACUGAUGAAGUGAUUCUAGAAGAUGAUGCUUUCAUGACAGGAGAGAAGAUGUCUGACAUCUAUGUCAAGGGGUGGCUGAAAGGACAACAGGAAGACAAGCAAGACACCGACGUCCAUUACCACUCGCUUACUGGAGAGGGGAACUUCAACUGGAGGUUCCUGUUUCCAUUCGACUACCUGGUGGCCGAGGAGAAGAUUGUCAUCUCCAAGAAAGAGUCCAUGUUCUCCUGGGACGAGACAGAAUACAAGAUCCCGGCACGUCUUACGCUCCAAGUCUGGGACGCCGAUCACUUCUCUGCCGAUGACUUUCUCGGCGCGAUUGAAUUAGACUUGAAUCGUUUUCCAAGAGGGGCAAAGACAGCCAAGCAGUGCUCGAUAGACAUGGUGGCUCCAGAGGUCGACCUGCCAAUGGUCUCCAUCUUCAAACAGAAGAGGGUGAAGGGAUGGUGGCCUUUCGUGGCCCGAAACGAGAAUGACGAGAUGGAGCUCACGGGAAAAGUGGAGGCCGAACUCCAUCUCCUGUCCGCGGAGGAGGCAGAGAAAUGUCCCGCCGGACUGGGACGCAACGAACCGGAUCCGCUGGAAAAACCAAAUCGGCCCGACACCUCAUUCAUCUGGUUCCUCAACCCGCUUAAGUCCAUCAAGUACCUCAUCUGUAAUCGCUACAAGUGGCUUAUCAUUAAGAUCGUCCUGGCCCUGCUGCUAAUCGCCAUGGUGGCCCUUUUCCUGUACAGCAUGCCUGGAUACAUGGUCAAGAAGCUGCUUGGGGCCUGAGGAGCGCUCGGCAUGCGCGAGAGAGAGACCGCCGACAGACCUUGCUACAAACCUUUCUCUUUUCCAUCUCAGACUGUGGGGUUUUGUGACGGUUUUUCAUAAUAACAUCUGUUUUGUGUGAAUUAUAUAAAUAUUUUGGGUUUCUAAUAAUAAGAGGAAUUUUGAGAGAAGAUCUUACGUUGGAGACCAACUCAAACUAUCUAAAAGCUUUAGAGAAUAAGGAACUUAACGCUAAAUACGCUACUGGAACAAACGGGAGAAACUCUACCACGCCGGUAAAAACCCGACUCAAUCUUUGAUAAACCGUCGAGCACUAAAUGGCGAUAUUAAUAUUAAAAUACACGAGAUCAGGACACUUGGUCCCGGUGGGAAACCUCUGUCGGUUCUCUACGGAUCUGUUACUCCUGGUUGCCGGCUGAUGCUGCCAUCGAGCCAAGUUCCAUGGUUUUGUGGCGGCACCGGGAGACACGAGUCUCAGAGUAAGGGUCAGGUUGGGGGGCAACUUGGGUCUCCACCUAAAAUGGCCUUGGGGUGGGGAACUCAACAUGAGCCCCAGAGAUAACAUUAUAAAGAGGGGGGGAUAUAGUGAAAUAGUAAGUAAUAUGUAACGUACGGGAGCAGGAAAGCCUCCCGCGUGCCCUCUCAGCGUAUCCCCGCAGACCCCGAGGUAUUGAAAGGCUUAGUGGACCCCAUACUUCAUGCUCCUUUCAUGGUGUCCUCCGUGGAAUUCUAUCAUACUGUAGAGAUAAUCAGUCUUCCCGUA